UUUUAAUUUACAAUUUCAUUUUAAAAUAUUAGAAGAAAAAAAGUAUAAGAAAUAAAAAAAAGCGUUUAUGGAAACCAGUGAAAGCGGUAGUACAUCACCGGCAAGCAGAACACCACCACCAUCUGCACCAGAAGACGAUAUGAGCGUUGCUCCAACUGAUUUAAGUGCAGAGAUGAAACCAAAAGGUGAACUGAUGGAAUCACAGCAGAAAAUAAAAAAAUUGGUUCGCCGUAACGCAUCCGACAAAUUGAAAUUGAUCCAAAUGGUACAUGAUAAUCCAAUACUCUGGGAUUCACGCUUACCAAACUUCAAAGGUGCUGAAGAGGAGAAGAAUCGUGCUUGGGAACAGAUUGGUAAGCAUUUCAAUGCGCCCGGACGUAGAGUAGCGCGUGCAUUCAAGUCUUUACGUGAAUCUUAUCGCCGUGAGUUAGCGCACGUCAAGAUCAUGGGCAACGGAUUUAAACCAAAAUGGAGCCUUUACGAAGCUAUGGAUUUCUUACGCGAUGUUAUCAGGGAACGAAAGAGCGAUCGGCCUACACCUCCUAAUCACUCGCCAUCGAAGAUAAAGUGCCGCUCACCUCACUCGGUAGAGUUAAAUGGAACGCAAGAAAAAAAAUUGAAGCAGAUUUCCCCAAAAAUAAUAGAUCUAUUUGGACCACAGCACGAAACAGCGAAACUUUAUAA